AUGAAGGUAGAAGAAUUAAUUAUAGAUGGAUUUAAAUCUUACGCGACAAGAACCGUGAUAGCAGAUUGGGAUCCUCAAUUUAACGCCAUCACAGGACUAAAUGGUUCAGGUAAAUCCAAUAUCUUAGAUGCGAUCUGUUUUGUACUUGGUAUUUCAUCAAUGACAAUUGUUAGAGCUUCUAAUUUGCAAGAUUUAAUCUAUAAGAGAGGGCAAGCCGGUGUUACCAAAGCAAGUGUUACUAUUGUUUUUGAUAAUUCAGACAAGACAAAUUCUCCAAUUGGGUUCAACAAUUCGAGUAAGAUAUCCGUUACUAGACAAAUUAUUUUAGGUGGUACUUCAAAAUAUCUUAUCAAUGGUCAUCGAGCUCCUCAGCAGUCUGUAUUACAACUGUUCCAGUCUGUUCAAUUGAAUAUCAAUAAUCCAAAUUUCUUAAUUAUGCAAGGUAAGAUUACCAAAGUUUUAAAUAUGAAGCCAAAUGAAAUAUUAUCAUUAAUUGAAGAGGCAGCAGGUACGAAGAUGUUUGAAAAUCGUAGAGAGAAGGCCGAAAGAACGAUGGCAAAGAAGGAAACAAAAUUACAAGAGAGUAGAACAUUAUUGGAAGAAGAAAUUGAACCUAAAUUGGAAAAACUUCGAAACGAAAAGAGAAUGUUUCUAGAAUUUCAAACAACCCAGGCAGACUUUGAGAAGACAAUGAAAGUAGUCCAUGCCUUCGAUUAUAAGAACAUGAUCAACAGACAUGCAUCAGUGAAAGAUGUAUUAGAAUCUAGUGAAGCAAGAAUGGCUGAAUUGAAGGGUUUGAUUCUUAGGACUGCCGAAGAGAUAGGAAGUUUAAAUGAGGAUCUCGAACAGGUUAAAAUUCAAAAGGAGAAAGAACUGGAUAAAGAUGCCACUUUAUCCAGGCUAGAGAAGGAAGAAAGUGAGUUACUUAAUGAAGUCUCCAGAAUAAAGACAUCUCAUUCUAUAUGUAAUGAUAACAUUAAAGAAAAUAAUAAGCAGGUUGAAAAAUUAAAAUCUGACAUUGAACAGUUCAAGCUAACCUUGAAAGAAAAGUCUGAGACAUUCGAGUCUACAGAAAAAGAAUAUCAGGAAAUCAACGCUAGCCUGGCAAAAAUUAAGGAGACUUACAGUAAAAAAGAGGAAUUAUUGUCGACUCUUUUAACUGGUAUUACUUCCACGGGGGACACUGAUGGGGGAUAUAGUGCUCAAUUAACUAUUGCAAAAAAUAAACUGAACGAUACAGAAGUCUCGAUAAAGAAACUGAGCAUGAGAAUUGACAUUUUGAAUAAAGAAUUAGUGAACAAUCAGCCAAAAUUACAGCAAGCCAAGAUUGAAAAUGAGAAAAUUCGUGGCAAUGUGGAAAAGCAUAAACAUGUAUGCCUAGACCUAGAGCAGCAGUUAUCCAAGUCUGGGUUUGAUCCUCUUCGAACGAAGGAGUUGAAAACAAGGGAAAAUAGCUUACGACAAGAAAUUCAUAGAGUUGAGACCCAAAAUGAAAACCUAAAAAGAAGGGUUGCAGGUCUAGAUUUCAAUUACACAAACCCAUCAGAAAACUUUGAUGCUCGCUCUGUGAAAGGUGUCGCAGCUCAGUUAUUCACUCUAAAUAAAGAUCAUUUUGAUGCGGCAAGUGCUCUGCAGGUUUGUGCCGGAGGUCGAUUAUACAAUGUUGUGGUGGAUAAUGAGAAAACUGCCUCACUCUUACUUGAAAAAGGUAGACUUCGUAAAAGAGUUACAAUUAUCCCUCUGAACAAAAUUGCAGCCAGAACUCUAAAUGCUCGUACUUUACAAAUGGCUAAGGAUAUUGCGCCAGGGAAAGUUGAGUUAGCUCUUAACUUAAUUGGAUAUGAUGAUGAGGUGUCAAGGGCUAUGGAAUUUAUCUUCGGGGGUAGUUUGGUCUGUCAGGAUGCUAACACUGCUAAGAAGGUUACUUUCCAUCCGCAGAUACGUACAAGAAGUAUUACCCUCGAUGGUGAUGUCUACGAUCCAGAAGGUACUCUUUCAGGUGGGAGUAGAAAUAAUACAAAUAAUCUUUUAAUUAACAUUCAAACUUAUAACGAGAGCUGUCAAACGUUGAAGAAAUUAAGAUAUGAACUGGAUGAUAUUGUGUCGCUGUUGAGAGCGCAAGAGGCUACAUCUCAAAAAACAAAAUUGUUGCAGAAUAAUCUAAAUCUUGCACAACACAAGCUCCAUCUUGCUCAGCGGGCCUUAGAAGACAAUUCUGCAACCCAGAUAAUAAGAAGAAAUGAAGAACUGCAUAAAGAGAUUGAAACUUGUCAUUCAGAUAUAACUAGCCAACAAUCCACUGUAAGAGAUUAUGAGAUGGAGAUUGAAAGAAUAAAAAAAGACAUGAAUGAAUUUGAUCAAAAUAAAGGUGCCAAGUUACAAGAAUUAAAGGAUGGACUUCAAAAGAUGGCGGAAAAAAUAACAAAACAGGAGCAAAUGGCCGAUGUUAAAUCAGAACUCUAUCAAAAUAUUCAACUAGAAACAGAGCAACUAGAGAGUGAUAUAAGUGCUAACGAGACGGCUAUUGAACAAGUUAUUACUGCUUUAACAACAUUAGAAGAAGAGAGACAACAAACCGAAAAAAAACUUGAUAAUCUUAAUGCAGAAAUAUCAACUGUUCAAACCAAGUUGAAUGAAGAAAAAAGAAGGUUAUUGGAUAUUGAUGAUGAAUUGCGAGAAUUAGAGAAUCUCAUUAAAGAAAAGAAUGAAAAUAAAGCAAACUGGGAAUUAGAACAACAAAGAUUGACUCAUGAACUUGACAAGAACAAAAGUAAUACGAACUCCCUUCAAAAAAGGAUUUCAGAUCUAUUGACUGAACAGGAAUGGUUACGCGAUAAUGAUUUAGUGGAAGGUAUCAUUCAGGAAAAUAGAGGUGUAAACUUAGCUGAGUACAGGGAAAGAGGUAAUCAAUUAGAGGAGAAAUUCCAUGAGAUGAGAAGAAAAAUAAAUCCAAACAUAAUGAGUAUGAUUGAAAACGUAGAAAAGAAAGAAUCAGCUUUGAAAGUUAUGAUUCGGACCAUUGAGAAGGAUAAGGUAAAGAUUCAGGAAACCAUUAGCAAACUGAAUGAAUAUAAAAGAGAUACGCUAAUCAAGACGUGGGAGAAAGUCACUGAGGAUUUUGGACAUAUAUUUGCUGACCUAUUACCAAAUUCAUUCGCAAAAUUGGUCCCAUCAGAAGGCAAAGAUGUUACAGAGGGUCUCGAGGUUAGAGUGAAAUUGGGAAAUCUAUGGAAAGACAGUCUAGUAGAACUAUCAGGUGGUCAACGUUCCCUUGUCGCACUAUCCUUAAUCAUGGCACUACUUCAAUUUAGGCCUGCACCAAUGUACAUUCUUGAUGAAGUUGACGCAGCUUUGGAUUUAAGUCAUACUCAAAACAUUGGACAUUUGAUAAAAACUCGUUUUAAAGGCUCUCAGUUCAUUGUCGUUUCCUUGAAAGAAGGUAUGUUUUCCAACGCUAAUAGAGUAUUUAGGACCAGGUUCCAGAAUGGUACAUCUGUUGUCAGUAUUAUUUAA